AUGGUGGGUGUUGGAGCGGGAGCCCGCGCUGGUACCGCACACACGGGGCCGCACAAGCUGGAAGAAGCAGCGAUUCCUUUGGGGAGACUCAGCAACGACGCAAAGAUUUUCUGCCUGCUCUCCUUGCAUCUCUUGGCGUGUCAACUGAGGCGCUGGACACGACUGCGCAUCUCCAAAGCGCCAUUGGUGCAAAAGUUGAUGUGCAUCCCAAUGGUCUUCUGGGCAUCGGCUCUACAUGGAGCUUUGGGAUGCGUCUUUGCAGAUGGACAUAUCCACCAACUUCGCAAGAAGGCCGUGGCAGCGCUUGGAUUGAAGAUCGGUGGCUCAAACCCCAUGCUGCGAUUGUCAUUGUCGCAACCAGCCACUGCCGAUCCAGGUUUUUACCAUUUGCGUCAUUGUGUUUUUGAUUUCAGACGAAUCUGCGACAAAACACCUGAUCUGCUGGUGCAAUGGCGAACCUUCAUGGCACACUUUACAGGUAGGAAGUUGACUGGGCCAUUCUACAAGAUAGUUGAUCUUUUCAGCAUGCUUGGUUGGUCCAUUGGCAUGCCACCUUUGUUCACUGACCAUGAUGGUUUUAUCCACAACUUGCUCCAGCUCCCCAAUGCCGCUCUUGAGUUGUUGCUGCAUGAUGCAUGGCUACAGUAUGUAGCACACCAGGUGACACACCGCCGAACCAUGCAUGACCUUGCUGGCCUGUGCAAGGAACUGACAUUGCUGGAUCGGAGUCACAUGACUCCACAGGAAUUGGGACGCACUAUGGCUUUGCAAUCAGGUGCUUUUAUUUCCGAUUGGAGCCAUGCCAAGUUUGACCCAACCAAGACUUCGAUUUGCUCUAGAUGCCUGGUCCCAAACACAUUGCCUCAUUGGUUUCGAUGCCCAAUGUUUGAUGCUGUCCGUGCACAGAUGCAGGAAACAUUUGACUGGCUCAAUGAGCUCCCAGACUGUAUGGUACACCAUUUAUUGGUGCCGAGAUGUCGCUUUGAGCUGGACUUUAAAGCCUACCUCUUGCACAUCGAGGACAACACUGGCUGCUUUCACUCUACGCCAGGAGAGGGGGUUCAAAACUUGUUUUCUGAUGGUUCCUUUUUUUCUGAUAAUCCCAAAUAUGUUGGGGUAGGGGCUUGGUCUUUAGUCAAUGCAACUACUGGCUGCAUCAUUGGCACUGGGCACCUACAUGGACUGGUGCAAUCGAUCUCACGAGCUGAGCUCUGCGGUGCUUUGGCUGCGAUCAAGUGGGCAUCUCACUAUCAAGUGGCAGUGCACCUUUGGAGCGACUCCAAGUAUACAGUGGAUGGCAUCAAAGCCCUCUUGGAUGGCCAAUGGCAUGUUCAUGCUUCUUUGUGCGAAAACCAUGACCUUUGGCGCCAACUUGCUGACCUUUUGAUUGACUUGCCGGACGGCCUCUUUCAGGUUAGUUGGAUUCCAUCUCACUUGGAUCUUACGUUGUGCACCACAACACUGGAGGAAUGGAUCGCAGUCUGGAACAAUGUGGCAGAUGAGCUUGCUGUGCGCACCAAUGCAUCACGCUCAGAUGAAUACCACCAACUGAAACAUGGAGCACAACAACACUUUGCCUUGUGGGCUGAACGGAUCAGAAGCAUUCGCCAGUUCUAUUUCCUUGUUGCUGAUGUCAGGCUCCAAGAUGCUGAGGUGAUAGAUCUGACGGUGAGUGAGUCAUUUGACUGGCCCAAUUUAGGUAUCGUUUUGCCCAUUUCAGAUGCAAUGCCAAUUGAUUGGCAGUCACAGUUCAAAGCGCAAGAUGUACAGUUGAAGUUUCCUUUUGAAUUCGUUUUGUCCAUUUUUGAGCACUUGUUUCAGCUUGAGUUGCAAGCAGACAUUUUCGUGCCAAUUAGUUUUGUAGAGCUCACAGUUUGGUGUAUACGAGAGUGUCAUUUAUCUUUUCCAUUUUGGAAUCCAAGUCGUAUGCAAUGGGAUUUGAGACCAUAUGAUGCCUUGUUGUUGCGUCCUACUUUGGCGUCCAUGGUUCAAAUUGUUCGGGUUGUGUUUACCAAGGGGUGUCGAAUCCUUGGCUUGGAGCAAUUUCUUCUGAAAGGCAUUCGAAAGCCUGAGUCAGGAUUGUUUUUGCCUGCGGAUGGCAUGGCAAUUUGUACAACAGUUGCCACCCAGGGCAAUCUAGCGAGUGGCUGCCUUUCAAUCGCCGGUCAGCACAAGUUGCGCAAGGCAUCUGACCUGGCUCGUCCCAUCUGA